AUGAUUAAGUUUUCAGACUUAGUCAACCAUUUAAUAAAGCUCCUAGAGUUAAAUAUGGAUGGUCCUCAAAGUGACUUCAGGCGACCUAGUGCUAUGGUGGUGACAACUCAACUUAUAAUCGCUAUAUCUUUAGGGCUUUUUGCGCUGUUUUCUUUUGCUGUAUUACUUAAGAAAUUACCUAGGUUAUAUGCAAGUCGAAAAUUCAGGAAUAAUAACCUUCCUUCAUGGAAUGCAGACCAUUUAUUUGGAUGGAUACCGGUUUUAUAUAAAAUCAAUGAUAAUGAAGUUAUCGAAUAUGCAGGAUUGGACGCUUUUGUCUUUUUAGGAUUUUUCAAGAUGUGCAUCAAACUAUUGGCUAUAUUUUGCUGCUUUUCCAUCUGCAUUAUUUCACCAAUAAGGUAUCACUUCACUGGGCAGUAUGAUGACGGAAAUGACACCGUUAUGAAUUUAACUAAUGCCCCUGAGGUAAAUGAUGAGCCUCCUUCCAGUCCAGAAACGGUAACUUUAUAUUUGUGGAUGUAUGUAGUCUUCACAUACUUCUUUACCUUCCUGACUCUUAAACUGAUUGUGUCGCAGACCAAGGUAGUGGUUAAAACGAGACAAAAACAUCUAGGCAGGCAGAAUUCCAUUGCAGACAGAACGAUUCGAUUAUCAGGUAUUCCGAUUGAACUUCGCGAUGUGACUGCAUUGAAGAAUAGAAUUGAACAGCUGAAAAUAGGUACUGUUGCCUCCAUUACAAUUUGUAGAGAAUGGGGUCCCCUAAAUAGAUUCUUCCAUUACAGAAAACAGGUUUUAAAUCAGUUAGAAUUAGCUUACGCUGAAUGUCCUCCAGACCUGCGUGAGAGUGAAGUAUACUCGGAGAAUUAUAAUCUAAGAAGAAGUCAACGUAAUGAAGUUAUCACUCAUAGCAAUGAUCAAACCCUAGAAUACACUUCACGUAGUCAAGAUCAGCUAGGGGUUACGCAUGACGAUUCUCCAGAGGAUGUGACCCUGUAUUCUCAGGUUCAAUUAAAGGACGAGAGACCAAGAAUGAAAAUAGGACUAUUUGGGUUAUUCGGUAGAGAAGUGGAUACAAUUGAUCACCUGGAACAACAACUCAAGUUUAUUGACAAUGAAAUCAACCAAGCAAGAAAAAAACAUUAUUCAGCUACGCCCUCAGCUUUUGUUACAAUGGACUCCGUUGCAAAUGCGCAAAUGGCAGCGCAAGCUGUACUAGAUCCCAGAGUUCAUUAUUUUAUCACCAAACUCGCUCCAGCUCCCCAUGAUAUCAAAUGGGAUCAUGCCUGCUUGUCUAGAAAGGACCGGUUGAUUAAAACUUACUCGGUUACCAUAUUUAUUGGAAUUUGCAGUGUGUUCUUAAUUAUACCUGUUUCUUACUUGGCAACGUUGCUUAAUUUAAAAACCAUUUCGAAAUUUUGGCCAGGGUUGGGAAACUUACUAAGAAAUCAUAGAUGGGCAGAAAAUGCAGUUACCGGCUUACUUCCAACUUAUAUUUUCACUUUAUUAAAUUUUGGUAUACCAUUCUUCUACGAAUAUCUAACAUCCAGACAAGGUCUUGUCUCACACAGUGAGGAAGAACUUUCUCUAGUUUCCAAAAAUUUCUUUUAUAUAUUCGUCAAUUUGUUUUUAGUAUUCACAUUAGCGGGUACUGCCUCUAAUUAUUGGGGUUAUUUGUCUGAUACUACUAAAAUCGCCUAUCAACUUUCCACUUCUGUUAAAGAAUUUUCCCUGUUUUAUGUUGAUCUAAUAAUAUUGCAAGGUAUUGGUAUGUUUCCAUUCAAGUUACUAUUAGCGGGUAGUCUAAUUGGGUUCCCAUUAAUCAAAAUCCAGGCAAAAACUCCAAGACAACGCAAAGAACUUUAUAAUCCGCCUAUUUUCAGUUUUGGUAUUCAGUUACCACAACCAAUUCUGAUAUUUAUCAUUACAUUAAUUUACAGUGUUAUGAGCACAAAAAUUUUAACUGCAGGACUUGCAUAUUUUGUAAUUGGAUUUUAUGUUUACAAAUACCAGUUGAUUUAUGCAACCGACCAUUUGCCUCAUUCAACAGGAAAGGUUUGGCCCUUAGUAUUCAGAAGAGUGAUAUUAGGGCUAUUAUUAUUUCAACUGACAAUGACUGGUACACUGGCCGGGUUUGAGGGAGGUUGGAUAUUGUCCUCGUGGUUGUUCCCACUGCCAUUCAUAACGAUAAGUUUUCUUUGGGACUUCCAGAAGAAUUAUUUGCCUUUAUGUAAAUACAUCGCGUUGAGUUCAAUCAGAGAACAUGAGAGAGAUAACUCUAUGGUAUGUUCACCAGCCGAUGAUGUUACCUACGAGUAUCCUUAUCUUGUAGACGGACUAGAAGGGCCCAUAUUAGAAUAA